AGAUCACGUACUAUAAAAUAAAAUGUAUAAGAAAAGAAAAUAAUCUGAAAGAAUGUAAACGCCUCUUCAUGGCGGAAAAAGAGCAGAGAAAGCGAGAAAGCUGCCUCUUUCCCUGAAAGACUUUACUGAGGGAAUAGGGAGCCCGUUCUUUUCUACAGUCAUUGGUUGCUUCCUGGUGUUGCUGCACAGGCUCUCGGUGUCCCCGAUUUAGUUUGCUGCAGUGUUAGUCCUUUCUUUAUUGUUGGAGUGUGAACGGAGAAAGAAGAAAGAUCCAGGGAGACGACCGCUGGUAAACUGGCGCCCUGUCUCUUCAUCUUUACACGUAUACAUAUAUGUUAUAGCAGCAGACUGUGUCUUCCACAACCGUAAAAGAAAUCAGACAAGUGAGUGUGCAAGCCGAAAGAGUCCGUGUUAUUUACUACAUUGCAGAAGUUAUAAUAAUACAAUAAAAAUAAUAAUGAUAAUAAUGUGCAGCUGUUGUGUUAAUUGAUUAAUGAUUCAGUCUGUUCAGACAAACGUAUGCUGGUUUUAGUUUCCAAAUUUGAUUCAUUUUUGCUCUUUAAUUAGGCUAAUGUGAAAGUAGUCAACAGAUCUGUUGAGUAGACGAACAAAUUACAUUUAUGAUGACUGACAGAGCAAUUAAAAUCUCAAAACAAAAAAUUAAAUUUGCUAGAAAAUGAACCAAAGAAUGUACGCUGCCUGUAUAUGAAGACUGUUUCUGUAAUGUGUAUGCACACUUGGAGUCUCUUGUUGUUAUGAUUUUGCUUGACUUUGGGCGUUUAUCAAUAUGCGUACUUGUGCGUACUUGCGUUCUCGUGUACUCGUGAUACGUCAUCAGUCGGAGACCAAGUACUGUUCCAAUUCGAAGUACGCAUCAAGCCGAGAACGCGAAAAAGUCCCGGAUGUGUUCUCGAUCCGCCCGUUUCAUCGAGCAUGCAUCGGUGUGGACUUGGGACAGCUAUAUAUCCCAGAAUGCAUUUCGUCCAAAACUCAACAGCGGACUCCCGGCACAUCGUUUUCAACCCCCCCCCCCCCCCCCCGCGGACGUCUCACUACUCAGGUUAAAGAAACUCCAGCAGUUGUCUAUAGUAUUGAGUGUCCACUAGAAUAGAAAUAAAAGCGUUCUAACAUCUCACCUGCUUGUUUUUAUUAAGGUGUGUAUAUAAUGUCAGCUGUGGCUAACACAUUUGAAAAUGUGAAAGCAGUUAUUCUAUCAGCUCAUAAAAAUACAACAUCAAGGGACAAGGUCUCCUUCUACAACUCCUGGGCAGAGAACUAUGAUCAGGAUGUGGCUGUCCUGGAUUACCGUGCACCAACUCUGGCAGCAAACUGCAUCUCUUCCCAUUUCAGUGGAGAUCGUGAAGGUGCCGUCGUAUUGGAUGUGGCCUGUGGUACAGGACUGGUGGCCACACAGUUGAAGAAACUUGGAUUUGGAAAGUUUGUGGGUAUAGAUGGAAGCAAAGCUAUGUUGGAGUUGGCAAGACAGAGCGGGUUGUACCAGGAUUCGAAGCAAAUCAUGCUGGGAGAUGAGCCACUGCCUAUCCAGUGGGUAGAUUCGUUUGAUGUGGUUGUGAUUGUUGGAGCACUAAGUUUUGGUCAUGUCCCUCCUGCUGUGGUCAGAGAUCUGUGCAAGUCCACCAAACCAGGUGGCUACAUUUGCAUGACUACCAGAAGUAACCAGGACAAUCUGGAGUACAAAGGCUUUCUUGACUCUGAGCUCAGGCAGAUGGAGAACGAGGGGCUUUGGACUUGUGUAGAGGUCACAGAGGUGGAAAAUUGGGAGAGAGCUGUGUCGGAGUACGAGGAUGGCUACAUAUCUGGCGCUGUAUAUCUCUACAAGAAACUAUAAUUAUACAUAUAUCACAAAAGUGUAUGGUGGUUUAAAAUCACACCAGCAAAGGUGCAAAAUAGACUUAUUAGAGAAGAAACAAAAACUGGAUAAAAUUGACGUAAGAUUAAAAAGGAAGGCUUGAUUUUUGCAUUUGCAGAAUUAAGUAGGCUCAAAGAUGGAAAGCUGCUUUCAACCAAAUGCGUAUCUUGCAACUGAGUAACAGACUUUUCCUUAUUGAAAGUAAAUGAACCAUUUUCUAAAUAAAUGGUUGUAUAACUUGUGUCUGUAACUGUGUCUCUUGUGCAUUAAUAUCUGCCAUCCACUAAUAAGUGAGUUUAUGAGGUUGCAUUUUCUAAUUUGGUGAUUCAGUUGGCUCAAAUGUUAGGCUAUCCCCUUUGUGCUUAAAACUUUAUUUGCUAUUUGUUUUAAAUUUUAAAACUAGUCAAGUUGAUGAGAAAUUGGACAAAUAUGCUUAUGUACACCACCACGGUGGAUUUUAUGUUAAGCAACCAAGAUGAAGUGUAGAUGUUUUACCAAUGACCUGACCCAGUUUAACAAUAUUAUAUACAGCAUCAGAUACAGUUUUAGGUGACUGAAAGCCUAAUGGUCAGUGUGCAUUUCAUAUGGACGUCUUGAGCAGUGAAUCUCUAAAUUCUUGCUUGGGUCACUGGGCUGGAUUUCUAAAAUUUUACAUUUUUGAAGACAUACAACCAGUGUUCAUAUCCUUGUGAGACCCAGCCUAUUCAUCUAUUCCAUUCCAUUCAUCCAGUAGUGGACACAAAUCACAAAAAAAGUUAAACUAAAACUUUUUUUUCCCUCCUUCCUUUAUUUCAAAUGUUACAUUGUAUUAGACUAAAGACAAACACAAGAAUGCAAUAAAAUGUAAUAAAUAACUUUUGAGUGAGCCUAGAGUGUAUGAAUUGGCUAUAGAGCAAAAAAAAAAAAAAAAGAUUUGCGGGUGGGAGCCAGAGAGAAGAAGAAAAGGAGAACAGGUGGCAGUGUAAGCAAGCUCGAACCAUGCUGCAUUUUUUGAAGGACAAAACAGCAAUGUGUAUCAAAUGUUGUUUUAAAAAAAAAAAAAAAAAAACAACGUUUAAAGUAUCACUCAGUAUUCCUGCUAGUCCAUUUAUGCAGAAAAUUUCACAUCUUUGUCUCUGAUAUAGCAGUGCUGCUCUGCAUGCACUAUCCAUCUGUAGGCUCUGGCUGGAUGACUGCUUAUCAGUCACCCAUUUUGUUAUUGGUCAUAUUUCUCUCUGGGUUUAUCGCAGUGCAUUAUGAGCUGAAGAGGUCUUUGGAAUAAAAAGCAAAUAAUAUAUAAGUCAUUUCCUACCUUUUGCCCUAAUAGUAAGUCCUAAUUUUGCUCUUUCUCUUGGAUGUGUGAAUGUUUAAUUGUUUGACAAUGUCAAGGUUGUGAGAUUGUCUGCAGGCUGUCAAGUUUUGCAUGAUGCAAAGUUGAUUUAAGGUCAGUUUACAUAUGUAGAUUAUCUUGUUUUCAAUCUCACUUUCCUUCACCUCUGCAGAAUUUUGUGAUGUGGUUGAGAUUUCUUGAGCUCUUAGUUUUAGUCACAUUUCUGUUGCUGUCAUGAGAAAGCUGUGCAAUGUCAACAGACCAGGUAAAAUCCAGUUUAGCCACUUUUUUUUUGUUUGUUUUAAUCAUACUGAAUUUUCAGCCCUUUCAUGCAAAUGUUGCUUGAGGGAAAAUCUGCAAUACAAAAUAUGAUCACUCCUAAUCAUGUUUCCUGCUUUCUGCAGAAAAAGGUUACCAGGUUACCUACUGAGUCGCUCAAAAAACAACUUCUGUUACCACCAGAUAGAUUCAUUUGCAUGGCCUACUGAAAUCACCAUGACAAUCGUCAAUGCAAAACCAUGUGAGCUGAAGCUGAGGAGUAAGAAGAGCUCUGGGAAGGCAAGAGGAUGCUUAUCUGGUGAUGUGUAGAGUAGUGCAAUGCUUUUGUAGUACAGUGUAGAUUAUACAAGUGAAGUCAUAUCAGGUCUUAAAACAUGCUUUAAGACAUGCUUGCAACAGGCAUAAUCUUAGAGAAAGCUUUAGUACAUGAUACAACAUGACAGAUGCAUAUUUCUAUAAAAUAUCACUAAGUCAUUAAAACAACAUGCAUGAUCACAUGAUACAAGCAUGAUUCACUGAAACUAAAUGUUGAAUCCUUAACAAACACACAAUGCUUCCUCUUUUAACACUGCACACCUGCCUGUAACUUUACUUUCUGCCAAACCAGUUUGUCUUGUGGCUUUUAAUAGCCAGGAACAGGACUGAGAGUCCAGGGGGAUUCUAAAAGGCCCCUUUUCACCUCAUGCCUCACAUUAUGUAAAAAUUAGCUGGAUACUUUUCAGAUCAGCUCACAGUCAUUUAUUGAACAGCAAAUGCAAAAGUAUCAGUCAACAAAGUGCAAUGACGUUUCACUGUGCCAAAUCUCAUGAUCAUUAAAAUAACAAAACAACAAAACUUUGUAUUUUCAAUAAUUGAAUUUC